CGAUCGCCACCCCAACACUCCGUCCGCCAUUCUCAGGCUUCACGAUUCUCUCUCUCUCCCUGUCUCUCCUUUUCCACUCGUGCCAGUUUCAUCACUCCUCUCCGUUCAAUCGCAAGCAGAAAGCUUCAAACUUGAUCGUAUUCUUCCGGCGAAACAUCUCGCGGAAGCUACAGGGGCUUCCUUCGUCGCUUCUGUCUCAAAACCCUAGCGCGAGAAAUUUCUCGCUCUCCGUCGCCUUCAUCGGUGUCCGCCCCAUUGCUCUUCGAAGCAGAAAUGCCGGCUGCUUCAAUCACGGUGACGCACGUCAAUUAACACUCCGCUCGUUGUUUCUCAUGCUCCCGAGGCGUUCGAGUUAAGUGCAAGGCAGUGGCUGUUUGGGAUAUUUUCUUUCAGCUGCAUAUGGAAAACGAGGUGAUUGAAUUCGACAUAGGGUUAGGAGGUGGAGUUGGCAGUAGUGGGAGGGAAGUGGACGAUGAUGGUGUGGACAUAGAGCACCAAGCCGACGAUGAGGACAUGAUUGAUAGUCCACAAAAUAUCAGUGGCGGAGGCGUUUUUGGCAGUGGAAGUGGCGAGAUUUAUCUCCCUGACGGGGAUCUGCUGGAUCUCGAGCCUUAUGAGGGGAUGGAAUUUGAGUCAGAGGAGGCUGCCAAGGCCUUUUACAACUCGUAUGCUCGCCGUGUUGGGUUUAGUACCCGCGUGAGCUCCUCUCGCCGAUCCCGGCGGGAUGGAGCCAUUAUUCAGAGGCAGUUUGUUUGUGCCAAGGAGGGGUUUAGGAAUCUGAACGAGAAGCGGACGAAGGACAGGGAGAUCAAGCGCCCAAGAACGAUUACAAGAGUCGGAUGCAAGGCCUCUCUGUCGGUGAAGAUGCAGGAUUCUGGUAAAUGGGUCGUCUCAGGGUUUGUCAGAGAGCAUAAUCAUGAGCUGGUUCCCCCUGAUCAGGUGCAUUGCCUCCGCUCUCACAGGCAAAUAUCUGGCCCCGCUAAGACCUUGAUCGAUACCUUGCAGGCAGCUGGUUUGGGUCCUCGAAGGAUCAUGUCAGCGUUGAUAAAAGAGUAUGGUGGAAUUAGUAAGGUCGGGUUUACGGAGGUUGACUGUAGGAACUACAUGAGGAACAAUCGUCAGAAAAGCUUAGAAGGAGAUAUUCAGCUACUUCUGGAUUAUUUGAAGCAAAUGCAAGCUGAGAAUGACAAUUUCUUCUAUGCAGUGCAGAGUGAUGAAGACCAGUCUGUGUGCAAUGUCUUCUGGGCUGACUCGAGGUCGAGAAUGAAUUACACUUACUUCGGUGAUACUGUCACGUUUGACACGACUUACAGGUCCAAUAGAUACCGUUUGCCAUUUGCACCCUUUACUGGGGUGAAUCAUCAUGGACAACCGAUACUAUUUGGCUGUGCUUUUAUGAUUAAUGAAUCUGAAUUAUCAUUUGUCUGGCUUUUUAAGACAUGGCUUGUGGCAAUGUCUGGACGCCCUCCGGUGUCAGUCACAACCGAUCACGAUGCAGUGAUAGGCUCAGCAAUUGCACAGGUUUUUCCUGAAACUCGUCAUCGCAUCUGUAAAUGGCACAUCUUCAAGAAGUGUCAGGAGAAGCUGUCGCAAGUAUUUUUUAAGCAUCCAGCUUUUGAAGCAGACUUCCACAAGUGUGUAAAUUUGACGGAAUCAGUUGAUGAAUUUGAAUCUUGCUGGCUGGCGCUCAUUCAUAGGUAUGACCUCAGGGAUCAUGAAUGGCUUCAGACAAUAUAUUCUGCCCGUAGGCACUGGGUCCCUGUAUAUCUUAGGGACACGUUCUUUGCAGAGAUGUCUAUAACUCAGCGUAGUGAUAGUAUGAACUCAUAUUUUGAUGGAUAUAUAAAUGCUUCGACUAAUUUGAAUCAGUUUUUUAAAUUGUAUGAGAAAGCGCUGGAGAGUCGGAACGAGAAAGAAGUAAAAGCAGACUAUGAUACGAUGAACACUUCCCCAGUCCUCAAAACCCCAUCUCCGAUGGAGAAGCAAGCAUCUGAGUUUUACACAAGGAAGCUUUUUAUAAGAUUUCAAGAGGAAUUGGUUGGCACACUUACCUUUAUGGCAUCCAAAGUUGAUGAUGACAGUGAGAUCAUUACCUACCAAGUUGCCAAAUAUGGGGAGGAUCAUAAAUCUUACUAUGUUAAGUUCAAUGUUCCGGAGAUGAGAGCAACUUGUAGCUGCCAGAUGUUUGAAUUCUCAGGUCUUCUUUGCCGACAUGUAUUAGCUGUUUUCAGAGUGACCAACGUGCUUACCCUCCCACCUCAUUUUAUUCGAAAACGAUGGACAAGAAAUGCGAAGAGCAGUGUUACUUUAGAAGAACAUGCUAAUAGCUUAUAUACAAAUUAUCUAGAGUCGCAUACUGUCCGGUACAACACCUUGCGACAUGAGGCUUUUAAAUAUGUCGAUGAAGGGGCAAAGUCUCUGGAUGUCUAUGAUGUGGCAAUGAGUGCUCUUCAAGAUGCUGCAAAGAAAGUUGGUCUUGCUUCAAAAAAUGAGGGAAGGGCUGUCAUGGUCAAUGGACGCAGUAAAGAUGAUUUAAUGCGGCAUAGGUCUUCAUAUAAUAUUUCAACUGGCCGUAGUCAUAUGACAGCCGGCCAAAGCCUAUCCGAGGAGGAUAUGGACCGUAAGAUUGGAGAACUCAUCAAUGAACUAGAGUCUGCAAAUCGGAAGUGUGAAUUAUAUCGGGCUAAUUUGCUUUCGGUACUAAAAGAAAUUGAGGAUCAUAAACUUCAAUUGGCGAUAAAAGUGCAGAAUGUGAAAAUCAGCAUGAAAGAUGGCAUUUGAUGAUGCGCUAGAGCAACGCCCUGUGGCGGUUCAUCUUGGGCUACAUCAACCGUGAAACAGGCCUCGGUCGCAUCUGCUUUGGCUGCUCAGGAAGAAACAAGGUGCUCUUUGUACAUAUAGGGUCAGCAGAUGAAUAGAGUGUAGGAACUUUCUAGGUAGCGUUGUUUGCCUCUCUCUGGCUUUCUUUUCUUUCUUUCUUUUUAAAGAAUUGGGGGAAUUACGUUUUUAUAAUAGAAGCGGCCAAUUUCUUCCAAACCCUAAAAGAAAGGCAUUUGCUAGGUUUGAUACUUAUCUCACUGCCUUCAAUAAUUAAUACGGGCUUUACCGACAA